AGUUACUUUGAUCAACCUACAACUAUGCAUAACCAGUAUACAGGGUUGGUUGUUCUUUAGUCCUCCGAGAAAAGUAGCAAUCAGGAGACAAAGUUUGGCAAAUUCAGACCACAGGUGCGGCACGGGUAUUCAGCACCGGUUGUUAGCCACUAGAACAGAGCAAAUUACAGCUCGUUGCCAUCUUAACUCUUCGGAUGGAGAUUCACUUAGGAAGCGCCGUGCUGCAGCGGGAAGCUCUAGCUCCCGCGGCAGGAGCGCGGGGCCCCCUCAGGGAGGCGCGGGGGGAGGCCGCCCCCCAGAGAGGCGCCGCCGCCGCCCCGACCGCCGGGUCCCCCCGCGCCCGGGCGAGUGACGGGGCCCGGCGCUGCCCGGGGCUCCCGCCGGCAGCUCCUCCCUUCUGGCCGGAUAGACGGCGGCGGAGCGUGGUCUCCCCAGCCCUGGCUGCGGGGGGCCUGGCUGGGGCAGAAAGCAGCCUUUAUAGCCGGCACGCAGCUGCCCCUGCUCACACCUACACGCUCCGCUGCCGGAGAAAGGCGCUUCUGCCGGGAGCUGCGCCGAGAGCUGCCCAUGGGACUCCGCCGCCCGGCGCUGCUGCCGCCGCUGCUGCUGCUGCUGCCAAUGCUGACGGGCGUUUAUAAAGGCACUUUUGGGGAAGCCCAUUUUAGAAAUCGAAGAGGAAUUCUUGAAUUAGCCGGAGCCAUUAGAUGUACUACAGGACGAUCUCCUUUUGCUUACCUACGUUAUGGAUGCUACUGUGGUCUGGGAGGAAGAGGAUGGCCCAAGGACAGAGUAGACUGGUGCUGCUUUAACCAUGACUGCUGCUAUGGUAAGGCAGAGCAAGCAGGUUGUCACCCAAAGAUAGAAAGUUACCACUGGGAAUGUGAAGACAAUGCUGCUGUGUGUGAAUCACUAGAGGACAAAUGUCAAAAAAUGGCAUGUGAAUGUGACCGUGAAGCUGCCAAAUGUUUUUCUAAAGCUCCCUAUCAUACAAAAUACCUUUUGUGGCCAGACUUAAUGUGUGGCGAGGUUCAGCCUCUGUGUAGGUAUUAGAUAUAUGACAUCAGUCUUUAUGACAACUCUGUAUGUAUUUAAAUCUAAAACGACUUUAUUUUUCAGUCACAGUAACGACAACAAAUGUUUUUCUCCUUUCUUGAUCCUCCUUCCUGCCACGUCAGCCUCUUCACCCCAGAAUGGCCCCAGUAAACAUUCAUCCUCUUACUUACUUUCUACAAUGCACAGACUAAAAGCAAGUUCAUUAGCUUUCUGUAAGCUUUUAUUGCCUAAACAGGAAUUUAAGUUUAUCAGCUUAAGGAGUAAUGGACUUAAAAUUACUUUUGUUUACAUUCAGAUUCACAGAUUUUUCAGAUUCGUAGUAUCAUUCACUGUGAACUUUUCAUCUCCCCUCCACUGGCUCUAAGAUACAAAUCAAACAUUUCCACUAACAUUCACCUUAACAUUCGUUAACUUUGAACUGACUAGAAGAAAUGCAUGAAGUGACGUGUCAGCACAAAGAGCCCUCACAUCUAUAUUAAACACUUAUUAUGAAGCCUAA